AUGUUUGUUAGUCCCAGAAGAGUCAGAAAAUGCCAUUUUUUGCAGAUAUUUGCCACUUGCUUUAUACUGUGUCUCAUGAUUUUUUGGGGACCAUUUGAUAAUCACAUUGUGAGCCAUAUGAAGUCCUAUUCAUACAGAUACCUCAUAAACAGCUACCAUUUUGUGAAUGACAGCCUGUCUAUCAACAGGGAUAACUUGGACAGAGUAUCAAGCUACCAGUACUUGAUCAACCACAGAGAGAAAUGUCAGCAGCAGGAUGUCCUCCUCCUGUUGUUUGUGAAGACUUCUCCUGAAAACCGUCAUCGGAGGGAUGCAAUUAGACAAACUUGGGGUAAUGAGAAGUAUGUUCAGUCUCAACUUAAUGCCAAUAUUAAAACUCUUUUUGCUUUAGGACGACCAACAGAUCAUCUGCAGCAUACACAGCUGCAAAGAGAACUUCAUCUGGAAGACCAGAAAUACAAUGAUUUGAUUCAGCAAGACUUCCUGGAUACUUUUCACAAUCUUACUCUUAAGUUGCUUUUGCAGUUUAGCUGGGUAAACGCCUACUGUCCUCAUGCCAGGUUCAUUAUGUCUGCAGAUGAUGAUAUAUUUAUCCAUAUGCCAAAUCUUGUUGCUUAUCUCCAAAGUUUAGCACAAAUGGGUGUUCAAGAUCUCUGGAUUGGUCGUGUCCAUCGUGGAUCCCCUCCCAUAAGAGACAAGAGUAGCAAAUACUAUGUUCCAUAUGAAAUGUACCAGUGGCCCUCUUAUCCUGACUACACAGCAGGAGCUGCAUAUGUAGUAUCAAGUGAUGUAGCAGCUAAAGUAUAUGAGGCUUCAUUGACUCUCAAUACCAGUCUUUAUAUAGAUGAUGUUUUCAUGGGUCUCUGUGCCAAUAAAAUGGGAAUUGUACCACAAUAUCAUGUAUUUUUUUCUGGGGAAGGAAAGGCUCCCUAUCAUCCCUGCAUUUAUAACAAAAUGAUGACAUCUCAUGGACAUGUAGAUGAUCUGCACCAGCUCUGGAAGCAGGCUACAGAUCCCAAAGUUAAAAAACUUUCUUCAGGAAUUUGGGGUAGAAUAUACUGCAGACUAGUCAAUAUUGUGCUUCUCUGUAAACUAUACUAUGAGGACACAUAUCCUUGUUCAGCUGCAUUUUCUUAAUACUUGAAUAUCUGCUUUGAAGAUCCACUGAGCCAAAACA